GAAAGCUCCCUUCCAUCAUCCUAUCCCAUACUUAAUUCUCAAGAAAAUCAUGAAAACUCUCAAAAACAGCUUAGCUUGGACCAAAAUUAAAGCCACUCCCACCCCAAUAGCCCUUUCUUGCUUCUAAUCCAAUCCAUCUCAUCUACUAUAUUGAAUUGAUAUAAUAACGUAUUAACGUGUAAUUUCAUACGCUGCACCUCUUGUUUUUUAUGCCGCCGAGAAUGACGAAUCCUACUGGAGAGCAAAGAAGGGAAGAACUUCAAAGAGAGGUUUGUGAUCUUAGUAAGACACUGGGUCAUGAACAGAAGUUGCACGAAUAUCUGGAUCGUGUUUACCACCUGAAGAAUGUUUCAGAUAUCAACAUUCCUAAUUUUAUUCCCCCAAAGACGAAAGAGAUUUUGGGUGAGCUGGUUUUGGUGGAAAGAGAGAUAAGUCGGUUAGAAAGCCAAAUAAGGAAGCUGAAAGUAAACUUGAAGGAAGAGGAGGGGGUGAAUAUGGAAGUCACCAUAAAAUCCAUGGAGUCAAGUAGAUUGAAGAAUAAUGCAUCUCUGUUAUUCCACAAUAACAGCAAAUUAGGGUUGCCAUUUGAGACUAAUAAGGCAUUACACUUUAUUAGCAAAGCCAUUAGGGAGAAGAAUGAUAAGCAUCAUUUGUGGUUUAAUAAUGAUGAAGAAGUUAGAAUCUUUGGUGAGAGGGCUCCCAGGAAACGUGCCAUUUUCAAACCUGAUCAAGCUUCACCUUUACGUGAACCAAACCCCAGGAAGGAACCUAACAUGGAGAUUACCACAGCAGAACUGCCUCGAAAAGUGAUGAUUUCAUCUCCAUUGGAGGAAACGACACAAAGAUGGGCUCCCAAUAAGCUGUCGGAGAGCAUCAUGAAAUGCUUGGUCUCCAUUUUCGUGAGACUGCUGAGAACUUCAAGAGCAAUGGAGAUGGAGAAAUCGGGCAGCAUAGGUCGCUCCAACAAGUUUUCCCUGGCUUUUCGAACUGACCAGCCGUCCAGCACUCCGGCCGCCAUGCAAAGAGACUGGAGGCAGCAGGACCCUUAUUCCAUUUUCGACUCAGAAGACUCCAUCCCCAGAGAUAUUGGCCCUUACAAGAAUUUGGUCAAGUUCUCCUCCUCUUCUCUGGAUUCCAAAUGCAUCUCAACCUCAAACUCAGCUCCCUUGUUUCAAAAGCUCAAGAUUUUAAUAAAGAAUUUAGAGAAGGUGGAUUUGAGAUUUCUGACACGGCAACAGAAGUUAGCGUUCUGGAUCAACAUAUACAAUGCUUGUAUCAUGCAUGAAUUUCUGCAAUAUGGAGUUCCAUCAAGUUCUACACCAGAAAAGCUAGAAUCACUUCUAAACAAGGCAACAUUAGACAUCGGAGGUUAUGUGAUCAAUGCACAAGCUAUUGAGCAUGCUAUCUUGAGAAACUCAUUUAUGACUUCACUAGGAAAAGAGGACAACAAAGGUGACAACGGAAGCAUAAUCCCUGGAUUCUAUGGACUCGAGUCCUCUGAUCCUAACAUCACAUUCGCGUUAUGUUGUGGCACUCGUUCUUCACCAGCCGUGAAAAUAUACUCGGCCGAGGGGGGUGACGGCGGAGCUGGAAAAAUCAAAGUUGGAAUAUUUACAAGCUUCAAUGAUUGUGAGAAAGAGUGCCAAGAAGAUUGAGUUUCCGGAGCUAAUGCUAAGAAACAUGCACGUUUUUGCAGAUGAUUUGGAUUCAUUGCUUGAGUGGGUGUGUGAGCAACUACCCACAUCAGGAUCUCUCAGAAAGUCAAUGGUUGAAUGCUUCAGGAGCAUUCACGGUGGCGGCAAAGCCUCAACCAUUGUUGAGAAAAUACCCUAUGAUUUCGAGUUUCUCUAUCUUUUAUUUGUAUGUUGAUGUAUUGAAUUGAAUACACACACACGCACACAAACAUUUAUAUACUGAUGGUCCCGA